AGUUUGUGUGAAGAGCGCCCAUCAGCUCUUCAGUGUGGAUCCUCCCCUCCGACUUCCACUUCGGUGGUCUCUGAUGGCAGUGGAAACGUUCCGCCUUAAUAGCGCCGGCAAACUUGGUGGAUUUCAGAGCAUGAUGACAGUUCUGGUGUGUGGAUACGGGCGGUGGUGGUUCGUGUGUAACAUGCAAACUAACGAGACCCGCAGCGAAAAAUACGUAGUCUAAGAACCGAAGCAUCUAGGCUGGAUGGAAUUUAGCAUCAAAAAAAGUCCUCUGUCUGUUCAGAAAGUUGUAAAGUGCAUAAAGAUGAAGCAGGCACCAGAAAUCCUUGGCAAUACAAACGGGAAGACCCAGAACUGUGAAGUGAACCGCGACUGUUCUGUAUUCCUCAGCAAAGCUCAGCUUUCUAACAGCCUGCAGGAGGGAGUCAUGCCGAAAUUUAAUGGCCAUGAUGCGCUUCCCUUCAUUCCAGCUGAGAAGUUGAAAGAUCUUACUUCCCGUGUGUUUAAUGGAGAGCCUGGUGCACAUGAUGCCAAAUUGUGUUUUGAGUCCCAGGAAGUAAAAGGAAUGGGGACGCCACCCAACACUACCCCUGUCAAAAAUGGCUCUCCUGAAAUUAAGCUGAAAAUCACUAAGACAUACAUGAAUGGGAAGCCUCUCUUUGAAUCUUCCAUUUGUGGUGACAGUGCUGCUGAUGUGUCCCAGUCAGAAGAAAAUGGACAAAAAUCUGAGAACAAGGCGAGGAGGAACAGGAAAAGGAGCAUAAAAUAUGACUCCUUGCUGGAGCAGGGCCUUGUGGAAGCAGCUCUGGUGUCCAAGAUCUCAAGUCCUGCAGAGAAAAAGAUUCCAGUUAAGAAAGAACCCUGUCCAACCACAGGCAGAGACAAAGACCAGCUGUUGAAGUAUAACGUGGGUGACUUGGUGUGGUCCAAAGUGUCGGGCUACCCCUGGUGGCCCUGCAUGGUUUCUGCUGACCCACUCCUGCACCACUACACCAAGCUCAAAGGUCAGAAAAAGAGUGCACGCCAGUAUCACGUACAGUUCUUUGGUGAUGCCCCAGAGAGAGCUUGGAUAUUUGAGAAGAGCCUUGUAGCUUUUGAAGGAGAAGGACAGUUUGAAAAAUUAUGCCAGGAAAGUGCCAAGCUGGCACCCACGAAGGCUGAGAAAACCAAGCUGUUGAAGCCUAUUUCAGGGAAACUGAGGGCCCAGUGGGAAAUGGGCAUCGUCCAAGCAGAAGAAGCUGCAGGCAUGUCAGUAGAAGAGCGGAAAGCCAAAUUCACCUUCCUCUACGUGGGGGACCAGCUUCACCUCAACCCUCAGGUGGCUAAGGAGGCUGGCCUUGCUGUGCAGACCUCUGGAGAAAUGGCAGAGGCCACAGGGGGUGGUGAGGAAGCUGCUGCAGACCCCGGGCCCAUGAAGGAAGAGGGUGGGCCCAUGAAGAGAAGGCGGAGAGUCAAACGGCCCAGCUCUGUGGAGCACCAUGAGAGUGGCCCUGGCACAGAGAGGAGUUCUCCUCAAAAGAUGGCAGAGGUGGACCCCAAAAGAGGAAUGGGCUCUCCUCCUGGGAGAAAGAAAACCACACCCUCCACUCCGAGGAGCAGGAAGGGAGAUGCAGCUGCCCAGUUUUUGGUCUUCUGUCAAAAGCACAGGGAUGAGGUUGUUGCUGAGCAUCCGGAUGCCUCAGGCGAGGAGAUUGAAGAACUGCUAGGCUCCCAGUGGAACAUGCUCAAUGAAAAACAGAAGGCACGCUAUAACACCAAGUUUGCCCUGGUGACCUCCACCCAGGCUGAAGAUGACUCUGGUAACGUUAAUGGGAAGAAAAGAAUCCACACAAAGAGGACAGAGGACCCUCCAGAAGAUGGUGACGUUGAGGAUAUACCCAGGAAAAGACUAAGGACAGACAAGCAUAGUCUUCGGAAGAGAGAGAUGACCACUGACAAAAUGGCCAGAGCCAGCUCUUACAGGGCCUCAGAGACAGCCUCCUCGCUCAGGAGCCAGGCAGCAACAAAAAAUCUGUCUGAUGCUUGCAAACCACUGAAGAAGCGAAACCGGGCUUCCGCAGCAGCGUCUGCAGCUCUGGGGUUUAGCAAAAGCUCGUCUCCUUCUGCGUCCUUGACCGAGAACGAGGUCUCAGACAGCCUCGUGGAUGAGCCCUCGGAGUCCCCUUAUGAGAGUGCAGACGAAACACAGACCGAGGUGUCCGUCUCCUCUAAGAGGUCGGAAAGAGGAAUCACUGCCAAAAAGGAGCACGUGUGUCAGCUGUGUGAGAAGACAGGCAGCCUCCUGCUGUGUGAAGGGCCCUGCUGUGGGGCUUUCCACCUCACCUGCCUGGGCCUCUCCCGGAGACCUGAAGGGAGGUUCACCUGCAGCGAGUGUGCCUCAGGGGUCCACUCGUGCUUCGUGUGCAAAGAGAGCAAGACAGAGGUGAGGCGCUGCGUGGUGACUCAGUGUGGGAAGUUCUACCACGAAGCCUGUGUGCGGAAGUUCCCGCUGACGGUGUUUGAGAGCCGCGGCUUUCGCUGCCCCCUGCACAGCUGUGUGAGCUGCCAUGCCUCCAACCCCUCACAUCCAAGGCCAGCAAAAGGGAAGAUGAUGCGCUGCGUGCGCUGCCCUGUUGCCUACCACGGAGGGGACGCCUGUCUGGCAGCAGGGUGCACGGUGAUCGCGUCCAACAGCAUCAUCUGCACCGGCCACUUCACCGCUCGGAAGGGGAAGCGGCACCACAGCCAUGUCAACGUCAGCUGGUGCUUCGUGUGCUCCAAAGGGGGCAGCCUGCUGUGCUGCGAGGCCUGCCCAGCAGCCUUCCACCCCGACUGCCUCAGCAUCGAGAUGCCCGACGGCAGCUGGUUCUGCAAUGACUGCAGGGCUGGCAAGAGGCUGCACUUCCAGGACAUCGUCUGGGUCAAACUGGGGAACUACAGAUGGUGGCCGGCAGAAGUUUGCCAUCCCAAAAAUGUUCCCCCAAAUAUUCAGAAAAUGAAGCACGAGAUUGGAGAAUUCCCUGUGUUUUUCUUUGGGUCUAAAGAUUAUUACUGGACGCAUCAGGCGCGAGUGUUCCCGUACAUGGAGGGGGACCGGGGCAGCCGCUACCAUGGGGUCAGAGGGAUCGGAAGAGUCUUCAAAAACGCAUUGCAAGAAGCUGAAGCUCGUUUUCGUGAAAUCAAACUUCAGCGGGAAGCCCGAGAAACACAGGAAAGUGAGCGCAAGCCCCCUCCGUACAAGCAUAUCAAGGUGAACAAGCCCUACGGGAAAGUCCAGAUCUAUACCGCUGAUAUUUCCGAAAUCCCAAAGUGCAACUGUAAGCCCACGGACGAGAACCCCUGCGGCUUUGACUCAGAGUGUCUGAACAGGAUGCUGAUGUUCGAGUGCCACCCGCAGGUGUGUCCCGCGGGCGAGCACUGCCAGAACCAGUGCUUCACCAAGCGCCAGUACCCCGAGACCAAGAUCAUCAGGACCGAUGGCAAGGGCUGGGGCCUGGUGGCCAAGAGGGACAUCAGGAAGGGAGAGUUCGUUAACGAGUACGUCGGCGAGCUGAUUGAUGAGGAGGAGUGCAUGGCGAGGAUCAGGCACGCGCAGGAGAACGACAUCACCCACUUCUACAUGCUCACCAUAGACAAGGAUCGUAUAAUUGAUGCUGGCCCCAAAGGGAACUAUUCUCGAUUCAUGAACCACAGCUGCCAGCCCAACUGUGAGACCCUCAAGUGGACAGUGAACGGAGACACGCGAGUGGGCCUGUUUGCUGUGUGCGACAUCCCUGCGGGGACAGAACUGACUUUUAAUUACAACCUCGACUGUCUGGGCAACGAGAAGACGGUCUGUCGGUGUGGAGCCUCCAAUUGCAGUGGGUUCCUCGGGGACAGACCAAAGACCUCAGCAUCCCUUUCUUCAGAGGAAAAGGGCAAGAAGACCAAGAAGAAAACCAGGAGGCGCAGAGCCAAGGGGGAAGGGAAGAGGCGGUCGGAGGACGAGUGCUUCCGCUGUGGCGACGGCGGCCAGCUGGUGCUGUGUGACCGCAAGCUGUGCACCAAGGCCUACCACCUGGGCUGCCUGGGCCUGGGCAAGCGGCCCUUCGGGAAGUGGGAGUGCCCGUGGCACCACUGUGACGUGUGUGGCAAGCCUUCUGCCUCCUUCUGCCACCUCUGCCCCAACUCCUUCUGUAAGGAGCACCAGGACGGGACAGCCUUCCGCUGCACCCAGGACGGGCGGCCCUACUGCUGCGAGCAUGACUUGGGGGCAGAGUCGGGCAGGAGUGCCGAGACUGAGAGACCCUUCCCGGAACCCGUCAAGUCCAAAGGGAAGAGGAGGAAAAGGCGGUGUUGGCGCAGGGUCACGGAAGGCAAAUAGCGCCAGGCGGCGGCGUGGUCAGAUCCAGGGGUGGCGCGGGGCAGCCAGCCCCGCCUGCAGGGAGGGCAAGCAUGGCAGUGCCCCGGGACCCAGCUGCAGCCACCGCGACAGACGUGGGGGCCUCCUGGGGAGGGUACGCCUCCCUCACUGAGCCAUCGGCAGCUGUGCUGUCUGCACUGACGACCUCCCAGCCCUGAGCUGGGCGGCCCGGACAAACAAGCCUGGCCCAGAGCGCCAAGCCGUUCCAGGCUCUGUACCCUCCCGCGCUGUUGUGUAGGUUGACGUUGCCAUUGAAGGUGAAUGGGUGUAUGAAAUGCCUUUCUCUCACCGCACGUGUGUAGAGUAGUGUUUUCUGCAGGGCCUCUGCUCCGCCCACCUCGCUCUGCUUCUGUACAGUGCUGCACCACUCAGGAGGUGGGACUCGGGCCCUGGGUGCCCACAGACCACGGUUCUGAUCAUUUUGCUCUUUUGAAACAGCUCUGUGUUUUGUGCUAAUGUGAAUUUUUUUCCUUGAAAUGCUUCCUUCCCAUCCUGGCGACAGGCUGGCCCCACGAGCGUGGAAGUGGUGGUGUGUGGCAAGCUCUCCUGCAGGCGUCUCUGUGGGUUUGAACCCAGUGCUGGUGACAUGCCUGCUGUGGACAUGUGGGCCCCAAGGAGCAGCCUGUUCAGUGGGCUGCUUCUCCUUUGGGUUGCCUUCUGAACACACUAGGUUCUAUAGGUUCUAACCCACAUUUGAGGGGAAACCUUGUAUAUUUUUUUUCAUGUGACUUUUUUUCUUCUUUUUUUUUUAAUCUGGCUUUUAUUCUCAGUAUAUUCUUGCUAAACCUGUUUCACAAAUCACCAACUAAAACAUGCUCACUGAUGCAACCUGAGUUCUCUUACAGAGGCAGUGAACUCAGGGCCCAUGCCAGACUGCUGAGGGCAUGGGCUGCAGCGAGGACUCCUUGGCUUCACCCCGCGGUCCAGCCGGGCCUGCUUCUCUCGCACGCUCUCCAAGGGCACCACGAGAAGCAGCACCUAGUCUCGGUGGCCAGGCCUGGAGAUAAAAUUCUCUCUUACUUAUUGCAAGACCCACAGAGAGAUCCGAGGAGAACUAAGCUUUCUUUGGAAGACCUGACCCCUCCCUCCUGGGGGUUCCUCUUGCCCCGGGGAGCACGGAGCUCCGUGAGAAAGGGGGAGGCCACAGGCCUCCUGCAACAGGGGGAACGCAGAGGUGGCAGGCACUGCUUUCUGCAGAUGGAAGCGCACCACCUGCCCUCGAGAACCUGAGGUCUCAUCUGCUGUCCUGCGGACCCAGGCCUGGCUGCUCUCAUGGCUGCGCCCACACUCAGGCACCAGGUGUGUGGGAGGAAGCUGCUGACUGGCAGCCCUCCCUGUGCUUUUCUUCAGUCAUGGUCCCCCAAAAGUAACUUACCAAGGACCAAAAGGAACAAACAGCCCUGCAGCGAGCCGACACCUCCACACGAGCCCGCUCAGACAGGCCUCUGGGGAGUAUUUUUCACUUAGAGCCUAACUACUCAGUCCUCAGAAAAUAUUGGAUUGGUUCACAGACUUUUCUGUUCCUUAUGCCCUGAACUUGGAAGGCCGUUCUGGUGACAGGCCAGGUAGCAUCCCCAUGUGCACACGGCCCCACCUCUGGAGCCCAAGGCCCUAGGCUCCUCAGACGGGUGCCCGCCAGUAUUGUUACUUGUCCAAAAGACCCCUUCCUACCAGCUGAGCGAACAUGGUUUUGUAGUGCACCUUGGAGAACAGACUAACUUAUUUCUGUAUUGGCAGUAGUAAAGUUUUAUGAUUUUGAAGUCACUUCAAUAUUAUCUCCAAAUUAACCUAGAGCUUCCUAAAGGAAAUAUUGCAAAAAUCUUAAAUAAUUCUCCUUUUCAAAAACAAUGAGCAAAUAACACUAACUUUGAGAGUCUUCUAUUAGACCCGUUCAUAAAUUUGAGUAAAACGGGGCCUUGGGAUGGUGGCCAGGCAUGCAGUCAUGAGGUGCUCUGCCCUGCCCGAGUUCGUUCUGAGUCUGGGGGAAGAUCUGUUUUUGAGGGUUUGAAGCCUUCUCGAACAUCAACUUCAAUCCCUUGUCAUUAAUGUGAAGUACAACAUGGGAACCAGCUGACUGCCUCAGGGCUCUCAGCAGCAGGACCCAACCUGUACCUGCCCUGCGCACACCCCCCCCACAGGCAGCUCGUGUGUGCAAGCCUGGUGUCUGUCCAUGCCAGCACUGGCUUGUGAGGACACAGGUGCCCCACCAUUGUGUGUGGUCACUGAGAUAGGUCCAGUUGGACAGUUAUAAAAUAUGGUCACUUGUGGGGAAGCAUGUCUUGAAAGAAAGUAGCGAGGACUUGGGGACAGCCCUCCUUUCCCUAGUGUUGCCUCCUGGGACUCUCUGGGCCCGGGGCACACUCGGGUUGGUGCUCAUGACGCCUCUGAAAUAUUUAUCUUGACAUCUGAACCAUGAUGUGUACAGUGCCCAUAUUCCAGAACUACCUUAUUUUCAAAGAUUAAAGAAACUUGUUUUAAUUAAAGUUGACACAAACAAUUGUCAGUCGCAAGUAUCUUCAUCUGAAGUGUAGCUGGUGACUUGGUGGAGUAAAGCGCUGUCUGUUGGCGUCAUGGUGCCUGCCGUGGUGGCUGUUGAGAUGUGAGAUGCCUCCUCAGAAUCAACCCUAAGCUGAAGUGUGCCUGUCGGUGUCUAAGUUUCAUGCAGGUGCAGGUUCCUUCUAGGAACACUGGGUGCUAUCACCAGGCUUGAUAGUUAGACUUUAAAACUUGAAAUUUUUUUUUGGGGGGGGUGGGUAUACUGAAAUAUAGAUUUGAGAAUUGCCAGUUGGGGGGAAAUAGCAUUUAAAGUGGAAAGUUGUGUUUGGAAAAUUGUGUAUGAGUAUUU